GAUUGAAUAUCCAUCUUACAAUUGGAAGAAUGCUUUCGAACAUAAUGACCUGGAUUGUCUCCGCGAUGAUGCUUGCUUGGGCUAGCAGCUGUGCUGCCAUCGACAUCCCUCCCGAGCCUACUCGUGGCAGCAUUGAUCUCAACUGGAAUGCCACCAGCUCAAGCUACUACAUUUCGCUCAGCCUAGCUCCCGGCCCGAACAUCUAUUCUAGCACUUCCGGCGGCGCCCUCAUCGGCGGGGUCGAGUCCUACACGUCCGUCGACAUGUUCUUCAACUACACGGGUGCGAGCACCGGCUGGACGCUUUGGGCGGUCCCGACGUCUUAUGGGGGGCAUGUGAUCGACCAACCGUUGACUACAGUUUGGGAGUUCGGUGAUAUCCCUGUGCCUGAGGCGUGUGCAUACACCCCUAUUACGCAGAUUGAUCAGUUGACGUACCCGGCGGACUUUGAGUGGUGGGGCGACUGCGGGAUGGGAGGGUUCCCUGUUUUCCACAGCGCGGCUUAUGGGUUUGAGGUGUCGCUCAACGAACCGGUGACUGUGGUAGGCUUGUAAUGCGCCGAAAGGACUGUAUCUCGUAACUCAAGCCAGAAGUCUAUACAUGCGUAACAAACAUAUUUUACAAGCCUUCUAUCAUAUGAAUACC